AUGUCUGACCAGAAGCCCCUCCCCUUCAUCUACCAAUUCGCAUCCGGAGCCAUUGCCGGCGUGUCCGAAAUCCUGGUCAUGUACCCCCUGGACGUGGUCAAGACCCGAAUGCAGCUCCAGGUCAAGGGCACUGGUGAGCAGUACUCCUCCAUGGUCGACUGUCUCCAGAAGAUUGUGCGAAACGAGGGCUUCUCGCGACUGUACCGAGGUAUUUCCGCCCCCAUUCUCAUGGAGGCCCCCAAGCGAGCCGUCAAGUUUGCUGCCAACGACGAGUGGGGCAAGUUCUACCGAAACGCCUUUGGCAUGCCCAAGAUGACCCAGUCGCUGUCGAUUCUGACCGGAGCCACCGCCGGAGCCACCGAGUCGUUCGUCGUCGUGCCCUUUGAGCUCGUUAAGAUCCGACUCCAGGACAAGUCGUCCAAGUACACCGGCAUGGCCGACGUGGUGAAGACCAUUGUGCGACAGGAGGGUCCUCUCGCUCUGUACAACGGUCUGGAGGCCACUCUGUGGCGACACAUUACCUGGAACUCUGGUUACUUUGGAGUCAUUUUCCAGGUGCGACAGCUGCUGCCCAAGGCCACUGACAAGAGAGGCCAGAUGAUCAACGAUCUGAUUGCCGGAUCUAUUGGAGGAACCGCCGGUACCGUGCUCAACACCCCCUUUGAUGUGGUCAAGUCCCGAAUCCAGAACACCACCCGAGUCCCCGGUGUCGUCCCCAAGUACAACUGGACCCUGCCCUCGGUGUUUACCGUGUUCCGAGAGGAGGGCUUUGGCGCUCUUUACAAGGGAUUCAUGCCCAAGGUGCUGCGUCUGGGUCCUGGAGGAGGUAUUCUGCUGGUGGUGUUUACCGCUUGCAUGGAUUUCUUCCGAGGAAUCCACGACGGUAAGAAAUAA